AUGAAACAAAGACGUGGGGGGUCGAAUACAGAAGACAAGAUCAGUAAGUUACCAGAUGAAUUGAUUCAUCGCAUAUUUUCUUUCUUUGACAUGAAAUAUGCGGUUCAAACUUGUGUUUUGUCGAAACGAUGGAGAUAUAUUUGGACUUCUCUACCAACAUUAAACUUCGAUCAUACAUCUGAACUGUAUCCUACUGACGAGAACUUUGUUAAAGUAGUCGACAAGGUAUUAGAACACCGUAGUAACAAACUAUGCAAUAUUCAACAAUUCCAUAUCAAUAAACGUAUAAUUAAUAAGUGGUAUAGUCUCUCAAUUCCUCUUGACACAUGGAUAAGUGCUGCUGUCAAAGCCAAAGUCCAAGAUAUUUUUAUCCCUUACCUUGGUCUUCAAGAAACUGAAGUUCCGGGAAGUUUAUUCUCUUGUAAAUCAUUGAAAAGGUUAAUACUGGAGACGCAGGGUGGGAAUUUGAAUAAUCUACCCAGGCAUGAAGAAGAAGUAAAUAGGUUAAUCUCAAGUUGUCCUGUUCUUCAUUAUUUGGAUUUAAUGUUCCGUGAUUUGACCUGCAAGUAUAACGGCUAUGGUUAUAUGUAUGUUAAAAUUCAUUCGCUUACGCUGAAGCACUUGAAAAUUUCUAAAGGUAGUGGAACAAUUAUGCUGGAUUUAUAUGUUCCGAAUCUUGUAUCGGUACCAACCUUCGAAUCAGCUAUUGGCAAUAUGAUAGAACCAGAAGAUUAUUAUGGGAUGUCUAAACCUAUGUUCUUGGAACUGAAAGCUCCGUUGACAUGUAUCUUAGAAGUACGUGCUAAGAUUCUAGUUAUUUUGAUUGAUAACUAG